CUACCUCUCCCCUCAUCUCUCAUAGUUCCUUUUGUAUUCGUGUCUGACUGCUUGCCUAGCUUCAGGGCCCUCAUUUUGUACACGACCAUUCAUAACCUCAAUAUCAUAUCGAACAAACAAGAGAAGGUGAUUGGGAAUUCGCACUACCUCCUUGCGAAGAAAAGAAUUGUUUUGAUCUCUCGCCAUCAAAACAUAUUUUCAUUCCCGAUGCUCCUUGUUGUAUGACUUGCCCAGUUGUUUCAAACCUUCAAACCUAUUCAUUCGUCCUUGCGACCCAAGGUUGAGAGCUGGCCUCUUAUACCUUCGAGCUCUUGCUACAUUCGGCCUACUGCAAACCCGUUCACAGAUGUCUAUGUCCGGAGAGAGCCAGAAAAGUUUGCCUCAAACUUAUGAAGCCGUGUCCCCGAUUGAUAUCGUUAGUGGCCGUAAUAUUGGCGCAAUGUUCCCACCCAACGUCGCCCUUCAGGAGCGGAAGUCUUCUGAAUCAUCAACUUCUUCGCUUAAAGCUUGUCGUUUGACUCGUUUUGCAGAGGCAGAAACUAUUCAUUCUCCUGCACACGCCGCAGAUCUAGAACAGUCGCCAUUCGCAGACCCACCUGAGGCCUUCCAAACUCUCCCCAAUGUGUCCGACGUGGGUUUUGGCUAUGUCGCUGCGAGUGAUCCGGCGCACCAUGCCUCGCAUCACGACGUCCCAUCCCCGGGUCUAAAGAGCGCACUCAAAGUUCCUGGCACCCCAGGACGAACCCUCAAUCCAUUGAGUCCGACCUUUCGGGAAGAGUUCUACGUGGAAAAGCAAGAAAAGGUCACCGAGAAGGAGAAUGCUAGAGAUCUUCGCAUCAAACUGCGUGUUCGCGUGGCCAAGGUUUUCCUCCGCUUCAUCAAUUUUGGAUGCAGUCUGAUCGUCCUGACGAUACUGGGUACAACACUGACCGUCUUCCAUGCGACCAAGUCGAUUCCUGAGCGGAAUACCUUCCCGCCAUGGGAGACUGGUACAAAUCCUUGGCCGCAAUAUCUGCUGCUGGGGGUUUCGUGUAUCUCUUUGCUUGCCUGUCUCGCAGUAUUCUGGGGCUACUGGAAAGGUGGUCACAAACGUGCGGAGAAGUUUGCCCUAUACUAUUCGUCAAUCACAGUUGGCGUUUUUGUCUUUGAUCUGGUGAUGUGGAUUGUGGCCGCCGCCAUAUUUCAGCACUCCAAGUCCAGUGGGAACAACAAAGAUCUCUGGGGAUGGUCUUGUGUUCACAACGAACGAGAGCAGCUAUUUCAAGACCAGAUUGAUUACGCGCUCCUUUGCCGCUUGCAGGAUUGGGGACUGGUCUGUGCCGUGAUCGAGAUCGUCUUGGAAAUACUGGUGCUCCUGGUCUAUGUGGUCGUUGCGUACCGUUUCUGGACCAAAAGAAAGCUGGCCAGGUCCAUGGACCGCCGCGAUCGCGCUAGAACAGAUUUGUACAUGGCCCAGCUCCGACAGUCCGCGCCGAACACUCCUAGAUUUUCUCAUACGCCUAAGGCGCCUAUUGUAUCAACAGGCAUGCCCCAGGACACCCUCACGCAAGAUCCCUACUCCGCAGCAGAGAAUGGAGAGGUAUAUGCUACUCAGUUUGCCUACCAGCCAACCGAGACCAAAUCCCAAGCACCUUUCCAACUCAAGCCUCCGCCCAUCCGGGUUCAGCAUGCGACCCCUCAGCCAGCUCAAGAAGAGUUCCAUGCACCUGCUCCGAUCCCUACUACCUCAAGUCAUCACAUGACGGCGGCACCCGGCGAACGUACCUACGAGAAUGUACCUAUCCCCGAGGCAUACAAGAGCCCCAUGAGCCCUGGAUUUCUCCGGGGGUGAGUUAGAUAGUUGGAGAUAAUCAUGACGAAAAAUGAUGGAAUGAAACCCACACGCAUCUGGCUUGAAUACCAAUUUUGCUGACUACUAGGUCUGGGAAGCUUUGCUGGAGGCCCCGGUCGUGAUCGAGCAUAAGCCUGCCCUUACUUCCCUCUUCACCAAGCACCUCCCAAUACUUCCAUAUCCUAGAUAGUCGAUUUUGUGGAGAGAUCUGUGUGCACCUCUCCCUCCAGCUCCCUUGUUGGUCUCAACUGCCGCUUCCUUUCGAGCCGAUCUACCUCAAUCGUUUCUGAUUCUUUCUUUAUUGAUACGUAAUUCGAAUUGAUACCACGUUCGCAUGUACCUACAGUGUCUCACUUUAUAGCUCUGUGUUAUUGG